ACUGUGGGUGAGGUCCUGGUCCAUGAGAGGACUAUGAUCCUUCAGCUGUGCCUGUGGAUGGUGCUCUUCCUCUCCACAUGGUCCCCAAAUGGACACACUAAAUACAGUAGCCCUCCAGAAGUAGUGAUACCCUUGAGGGUCACUGACACUAACAGACUUAAUACUUCCACAGGCUGGUUGUCCUAUAGCCUCCACGUUGGAGGACAAAGACACAUUAUCACCAUGAAGCUCACAAAAUACUUCAUAUCCAGAAACUUCCUACUGUUAACCUACACUGACCAAGGAGGUCUCCUUACAGAACAGCCUUUUGUGAAGACUGACUGCUACUACCAUGGAAAUGUAGAUGGAGACCCAGAUUCUAUGGUGAUUAUUAACACCUGUUUGGGAAGUUUGCAAGGCAUGUUAGAGAUAAAUGGCACAGCUUAUGAAAUCAUGCCCAAGAAGUCAUCUUCAACAUUUGAACACCUUGCUUACAAAAUGGACAGUGAGGACUCAGAAUCAUUUUCUAUGAGAUGUGGAUUAACAGAAGAGGAAAUAGUGCAACAAAUGAAGACUCAAGAAAGCAAAGACUCCACACUUAUGCAAAGCCAGUAUGAGAAUUGGUGGACCCAUCACAAAUAUCUUGAAUAUUAUGUGGUGAUUGAUAAUCAACGAUAUGUUUAUAGAUCAAGGAAUCUCACAGUUUGCAUGCAGGAAAUGUUGCAAAUUGUCAAUGGAAUAAAUGGUUAUUAUCGUCAGAUUGAUGUUGAGGUGAUUUUAACUGCACUGGAAGUUUGGACUGACACAAACCUUGUCAAUGUAACAGAGUCUAUAUCUACAGUCCUGUCUACUUUCUGCAAUUGGAAGCAAAGUAACAUUGACAGACACACUAGAAAUGAUAUUGCACAUCUUUUUGCCAGGCAAGUAUAUCCUCAAUAUUUGGCACUAGCUUAUGUAGGUACAGUUUGUACACCUAAUAAUUGUGCUGUUAGCAGCUUCAUGUAUGAUUCAAUGACAGACAUGGCAUUCAUUAUAGCACAUGAGAUGGGUCACAAUUUGGGUAUGCUUCAUGACAGGAAUGAAUGUACUUGUGGGAGAAGUAGUUGCAUAAUGGCCCCAGCAAAAUCUAUUUCCCAUAGAUUCAGCAACUGCAGUUAUGAGGAGCUCCAUGGAACUAUUACCAGAAGAACCUGUUUAUACAAUUUUCCAGAUGAAGCAGUCAGCAUCAGCACAAACCUGACCUGGUGUGGGAAUAAUAUAGUGGAGGAAGGAGAGCAGUGUGACUGUGGGUCUUAUAAGUCAUGUCAAAGAGAUCCAUGCUGUAGCCAAGACUGCAUGUUCAAACCUGGUGCUAAAUGUGCUUUUGGACUUUGUUGCAAAGAUUGCAAGUUGAUCCCCACAGGCACAGUGUGUAGAAGUGUGAACAAUGAGUGUGACCUUCCAGAGUGGUGCAAUGGAACUUCACCUGAGUGUCCAGAAGAUGUGUACAUGGAGGAUGGACAUCUCUGCGGUGGUAGUAGUUAUUGCUAUAAAAGGGCAUGUCAUAAACAUGAGGAACAUUGUCAGACAAUUUUUGGCAAGGGAGCCAGGAGUGCCAGUGAGACUUGCUACAUGGAAAUGAACAAACAGGGUGACCGUUUUGGUAACUGUGGUAAUGAUAGCUAUAACUAUAGAAGAUGUGCUGAUGCUGAUGUACUCUGUGGACGAAUUCAGUGUGACAAUGUGCAACAGAUUCCCCAUAGGAGAAGCCAUGAAACACUGCAUUGGUCUCAGUUCCAAAAUGUCACCUGCUGGAGUAUAGACUUUCAUUUUGGAAUGACAGUAGAGGACAGUGGAGCAGUGAGAGAUGGCACUCCUUGUGGUCUAGACCAUAUAUGCAUUGACAGGAAGUGUGUCCCUAAGCCGGUUUUGUUAAGUAAUUGUUCAGCAGCCCAAUGCAAUAUGAAAGGAGUCUGUAACAAUAAACAUCACUGCCAUUGUGAUGUCAUAUGGGAGCCACCAGGUUGUAAUGUAAGUGGCUUUGGAGGUAGUAUAGACAGUGGACCACCUCCAAGAAUAUAUGUUAAGAAGCCCAAGGAUGAUAAGUUCUUACUAGCUUUUUGUAUUCUUUUGGGGUUAUUGUUACUUUUCUGGAUUUUCCUAAUUAGAAAAUAUGCAAUCAUUGACAAACUCGAACUAGAAGAAAAGAGCCAGUCAGAAGAUGAAUCAGAGCUUGUCACUGAAACUUCAUCUGAUGAUUUAACUCAGAAAGUUGACAAAGGUAAAAAGAAAUAA